CUGUCCUCACUGUGCAGUCCCUGACAGAUCCCAGAAAGAGCAGAGGGUGCGUUUGAUUUUUGUCCCAGAGCAGGAUGAGUGUUGUGAAGAGAGCCUUGCUGCUGACGGUGCUGCUGGCGGCGAUCGGCAGUUCCGCCGCGGCGGGCCCCGAAGACUGCCACGGUGUGAACGUAACGCUACAAACUAAAGACAUUCACGAGAUUUUCGGGGACUGGGUCCUGGUCUGGUCCAUCACUGACCACGACCAAGGCAACGCGCUGCUUCAAAACGUCACUAGCUCCCACGUUGAGUUAAGACUCCGCGAUGACAACAAGACGGUCACCUGCACAGUGAGGAACAUGCACACACACCAGGCAUGUGUCACCUACAUCAUCAACAUGACGAUGCCCACUGACCCGCUGGACAGCACCAUGAUCAGCUUUCCUGGUUCCAUGGAGCAGGACGGACUUCUUGAGGUGUACAAUGAGAGAGCGGCUGUGAAUUUCUUCGAGACCUGCCCCGACUGUCUAUCGAUGGUCUUCAAGGACAGCGCGGGACGAUUCCUGCUCAACUACAGGAAAGAGGGGGAUCACCGGGAUGUUGAGAAGUUGAAAGCAGACCACAGCGAUCACCACAAACUGGCCACCUGUCUGGGAUUCCCCGCCAACGUCAACCCGUUCAACUAUGAUGGAGCUGCAGAUUUCUGUCAUAAGAAAUCAUCUGCGGCGGGCCCCGAACACUGCCACGGUCUGAACGUAACGCUGCAAACAAAAGACAUGCACAAGAUUUUCGGGGACUGGGUCCUGGUCUGGUCCACCACUGACCACGACGGAUACAAAGCGCUGCUUCCAAAUGUCACCAGCUCCCACGUCGAGUUCAGACUCCGUGAUGACAACACAACAGUCACGUUCACAGAGAGGAACAUGUACACACACCAGACGUGUGUCACCUACAUCAUCAACAUGACGAUGCCCACUGACCCACUGGACAGCACCAUGACCACCUUUCCUGGUUCUGUGGAGAAGGAUGGACUUCUUGAGGUGUACAACGGGACAGGAGAUGUGAAUUUCUUCGAGACCUGCCCCGACUGUCUGUCGAUGGUCUUCAAGGACAGCACCGGACGAUUUCUGUUCAACUACAGGAGGGAUGGGCAUCACCAGGAUGUUGAGAAGUUGAAAGCAGACCACAGUGAUCACCACAAACUGGCCGCCUGUCUGGGAUUCCCCGCCAACGUCAACCCGUUCAACUACGACGGAGCUGCAGAUUUCUGUCAUAAGAAAUCAUCCCCGGAGGUGAAGCCAGAAGCGUCCUGAGUGAAGACGUUGGAGUAAAACAAUCAUAUUUCACAUAUGUCCUCCACCAAUACAAUAAAAGGAAAUACUAAAACCUG